CAAUUCCUUGAUGCAUGGUCUAUGCAAUUCAGACCAGCUGGAAGAGGCGUCAGCAUUGUUCAAUGAAAUGAUGAGUUUCAACAUCUUGCCAGAUGUAGUUACCUUCAACAUUUUGGUCGAUACACUUUGUAAAAAGGGCAAGAUUUCAGAGGCUCAACGAAUAUUCAAGACAAUGAUUGAGAAGGGUGUGGAGCCUAAUACUGUGACUUAUAGUUUGUUGAUGAAUGGAUAUCUUUUGCAAAACAGAGUUUUUGAAGCUAGAAAGGUAUUCGAUGCAAUGAUAACCAGGGGCUGUAUACCUGACGUUCUUAGUUACAACAUCUUAAUCAAUGGAUGCUGUAAGGGCUAGAGGAUAGAUGAGGGAAAAUAAUUUUUUGAUGAAAUGAGUUUUCGAGGCUUAAUUCCAAACACUGCUACUCACAACAUUCUUAUAACGUGGUUUGUCUCAAGCAGGGAGAAUUUUUGAAGCAAAAGAGCUUUUCAAGAAUAUGCAUGGUCAGGGCUGCAUGCCUAAUGUUCUUAGUUACAACAUCUUAAUCAAUGGAUCUUGUAAGGCCCUGAGGAUAGAUGAGGCAAAACAGCUUUUUGAUGAAAUGAGUUUUCGAGGCUUAAUUCCAAACACUGCCAGUUACAACACUCUUAUUAGUGGCUUGUUUCAAGUUGGGAGGAUUUUGGAAGCAAAAGAGCUUUUCAAGGAUAUGCAUGCCCAGGGCUGCUCCCCAGAUCUAGUAACUUACUCAAUUUUGCUUGAUGGCUUAAGCAAACAAGGUUACCUUGAUCAGGCAUUGGAACUAUUUCGAGAAAUGCAAAAUAAUUACUUGAACCCUGAUUUGGUGAUCUAUAAUAUCUUAAUUGAUGCCAUGUGCAAAUCUGGGAAGCUUGAAGAUGCAAGGGAGCUGUUUUUGAAACUCCAUGUCAAAGGAUUGCUGCCUGAUGUUCGAAGUUGGACUUCAAUUAUCAGCGGACUUUGCAGAGAAGGAUUGCUAGAUGAAGCAUACAAAGCUUUCAGAGAAAUGGAAAGGGAUGGCUGCCCACCAUGCAUAUGGUUGUUCUUAUAA